CGUCUCUAAUGGCGGUUUCAGUCUCCUUUAUAACUCACAGUUUCACUUCAUUCUUCUAAACAAAAAAAAACAAACAAUCAACCACUAAUGGACACUGUGAUCGGAUCAAUCGACACGUGCAACCCAACCACCGGCGAUAUCUGCCGUCCACCAAACGGCACCGUCUCCACCGUUCAAACCUCUCCUCCCGCUCACUCCACCACCAUCAGCCCCUGCGACGCGACCCUCGGCCGCUACCUAGCGAGACGCCUCGUCGAGAUCGGCGUCACCGACGUCUUCUCCGUCCCCGGAGACUUCAACCUUACGCUCCUCGACCACCUCAUCGCCGAGCCGAGCCUCAAGCUCAUCGGCUGCUGCAACGAGCUCAACGCCGGCUACGCCGCCGACGGUUACGCCAGAUCCCGCGGCGUCGGAGCGUGCGUCGUCACCUUCACGGUCGGCGGAUUAAGCGUCCUGAACGCGAUCGCCGGCGCUUACAGCGAGAAUCUCCCUCUGAUCUGCAUCGUCGGCGGCCCUAACUCGAACGACUACGGCACGAGUCGGAUCCUUCACCAUACCAUCGGCUUACCUGAUUUCACUCAAGAGCUCAGAUGCUUCCAAGCCGUCACGUGCUAUCAAGCUGUGAUCAAUAACUUGGAAGAGGCUCACGAGCUUAUCGACACCGCCAUCUCCACCGCUUUGAAAGAGAGCAAGCCUGUCUACAUCAGCAUCAGCUGCAACUUGCCGGCCAUUCCUAUGCCGACGUUCAGUCGCCACCCUGUUCCCUUCUCGCUUGCGCCUAAGGUGAGCAACCUGAUGGGUUUAGACGCGGCGGUGGAGGCGGCUGCUGAGUUCUUGAACAAGGCCGUGAAGCCGGUUCUCGUUGGCGGGCCGAAGAUGCGAGUUGCCAAGGCUGCGGACGCUUUCGUUGAGCUUGCUGAUGCUUCUGGGUAUGGUGUCGCUGUGAUGCCAUCUGCUAAGGGGCAGGUGCCUGAGCAUCAUAAGCACUUCAUUGGCACGUAUUGGGGAGCUGUGAGUACUGCGUUUUGCGCUGAGAUUGUUGAGUCUGCUGAUGCGUAUCUCUUCGCGGGUCCUAUCUUUAAUGAUUACAGCUCCGUUGGGUACUCUCUGCUUCUCAAGAAGGAGAAGGCAAUCAUCGUGCAGCCUGAUCGGGUUACUAUCGGUAACGGACCUGCUUUUGGAUGUGUGUUGAUGAAGGAUUUUCUUAGCGGUUUAGCUAAACGAAUCAAGCAUAACAACACCGCUUACGAGAAUUACCACAGGAUCUUUGUCCCUGAAGGAAAGCCUCUGAGAGAGAAUCCCAAGGAGCCUUUGAGGGUUAAUGUGCUGUUUCAACACAUUCAGAAUCUGCUCUCUUCUGAAACAGCUGUGCUCGCUGAGACGGGGGAUUCUUGGUUCAACUGUCAGAAGCUGAAACUCCCUGAAGGAUGUGGUUACGAGUUCCAAAUGCAGUAUGGGUCCAUUGGUUGGUCCGUUGGUGCUACUCUAGGCUAUGCUCAAGCCAUACCAAACAAGCGUGUCAUUGCUUGUAUUGGAGACGGUAGUUUCCAGGUUACCGCACAGGAUGUGUCGACCAUGAUAAGGUGUGGGCAGAAGACUAUAAUCUUUCUCAUCAACAAUGGAGGGUACACCAUUGAAGUGGAGAUCCAUGAUGGUCCUUACAAUGUGAUAAAGAACUGGAACUACACGGCUUUUGUUGAGGCUAUUCACAAUGGAGAAGGUAAAUGCUGGACUGCAAAAGUGAGGUGCGAGGAUGAGCUUGUGAAAGCGAUUAGCACGGCAACGAAUGAGGAAAAGGAGAGCUUUUGUUUCAUUGAGGUGAUAGUGCAUAAAGAUGAUACAAGCAAGGAGCUUUUGGAGUGGGGAUCUAGAGUCUCUGCUGCUAACAGUCGUCCUCCAAAUCCUCAGUAGAGUCCAGAGAUGUACUCUAUUUUCAGUUUGGUAGUUCCUUUGUUGCUUUAUGAAAAGUAGUUUGUAUCCUUUGGAGAAGACAGUGCGAGUCUCCUUGAGGAUAAAACUCUUGAAUGCAAAAAUAAAAUUCGGUUAAACUUUGUGUAAUUGUUUGGUCUGUAAAUGUAAAAGUUGAUCAUUUUGUUUUUGCUU